GCGCCCCUGCCGGGCGCGCUGCGCCCCCAGUCCGAACCCCCUUUCCGUUGCUUCACGGCUCGCACUUGUGGAGUAGGGGCUUAGCGAGCGCCUUUGCCCUGUCCGCGCUUCUGCCACACUCAGCGUGAGUCUCCCAGGUCCUGUCCCGGCCGGGUCAGCUUCGGGACGCCUGGGGGUUCGAGAUCGUCUACCCUGGGCCCGGCACCUACUGCUGUCCCCAGGCACAGACCGGGAGCUCAAGGACGCAGGUGUCCAGUUUCCCUUAACCUUGAGGACCCGGAAAGGUGCGCAGCCCGCGGGGGGUGUGCACCAUGGCCAUGGCUAGUGUCAGGUUGCCCACCAGUAUUUUAAGAAAACCAGAUGCCUGGAUUGGACUCUGGGGAGCAAUACAAGGGACACCUUCACACAAGCUCUGUGCUUCCUGGAAUCGAUACUUAUAUUUUUCUAGUACCAAAUUAAAUGCAUCAAAUUAUAAAACACUUUUCCAUAACAUUUUCUCACUGAGAUUCCCAGGACUUUUACUACCUCCAGAAUAUAUUUUCCCAUUUUCCAUAAGACUCAAAAGUAAUGUAACCUCUAAAAAAUCCACUAAGAAGACUCUGCAGAAAGUUGAGGAUGAAGAGGACUCUGGUGAAGAGAGUGGCCAUGACGAGCUGAGUGAGCAGGAAGAGGGGCCAGAGGACGACCCCAGCGUGGUCAGAGACUACAAAGACCUGGAAAAGGCCGUGCAGUCUUUUCGGUAUGACGUUAUCCUGAAGACAGGCCUGGAUAUUGGAAGAAACAAAGUGGAAGAUGCAUUCUACAAAGGUGAACUCAGGCUGAACGGGGAAAAAUUAUGGAAGAAAAGCAGAACGGUGAAAGUGGGAGAUACAUUGGAUCUUCUAAUCGGAGAAGAUAAAGAAACAGAAACAGAGAUAAUGAUGCGGAUUCUCCUGAAAAAAGUGUUUGAAGAGAAGACCCAAAGUGAAAAAUACAGAGUAGUCUUACGACGCUGGAAAACGUUAAAAUUGCCUAAAAAGAGUAUGAUUAAAUAAAUGAAUUGCUUUUUUUUUUAA